CUUAUCUCCUGCGAUUAACCGCAGCCUUCAGCGGGGAGCAUUUAAGACGCAGAACACAGGGUCACAGCCACAGCUGCAGGACCCAGAGGCAGACCUUGACAGGCUCGACGGAAGGAGCCACCUUUGAGAGCAGAGGCAACAGCAGCUACAUCACCGCUACCAGCCGCCAGGAGACAAUGCUCCAGGCAACGUUUAAGCUCUGUGCUGGGAGCUCCUACAGACACGUGCGCAACAUGAAGGGGCUGAGGCACCAGGCUGUGCUGGCCAUUGGCCAGGAGCUGAACCGGAGGGCCUUGGGGGGCCCGACCCCGAGCUGGUGGAUUAAUCAGGUCCGGAGGCGGAGUUCUCUGCUAGGUUCCCGGCUGGAAGACACUCUUUAUAGCGACCGGGAGCUGGCCUAUAUCCACCAAGGAGAGGAGGCCAUGCAGAAGGCCCUGGGCAUCCUCAGCAGCCAGGAGGGCUGGAAGAAGGAGAACCAGCAGGCCAAUGGAGACAAAGUGCUGAGUAAAGUGGUCCCGGACGUGGGCAAGGUUUUCCGGCUGGAGGUGGUGGUGGACCAGCCCAUGGAGAGGCUUUACGAAGAGCUCGUGGACCGCAUGGAGGCGAUGGGAGAGUGGAACCCCAAUGUCAAGGAGAUCAAGGUCCUACAGAAGAUUGGAAAAGACACGGUGAUCACCCACGAGCUGGCUGCAGAAUCAGCAGGAAACCUCGUGGGGCCCCGGGACUUCGUGAGUGUGCGCUGUGCCAAGCGCCGAGGCUCCACCUGCGUGCUGGCUGGCAUGGCCACGCAGUUCGGGCAGAUGCCUGAGCAGAAGGGUGUCAUCAGAGCCGAGCAUGGCCCCACUUGCAUGGUGCUCCACCCUCUGGCUGGGAGUCCAUCAAAGACCAAACUCACUUGGCUGCUCAGCAUUGACCUCAAGGGAUGGCUGCCAAAGACUAUCAUCAACCAAGUCCUAUCUCAGACCCAGGUGGACUUUGCCAACCACCUGCGCAAGCACCUGGAGUCCAGCCCUGCUCCUGAGGCCAGGUGCUGAAGGCCAGCUUGUGGCUUGCCACUGUUCCGCUGCAUUGGCUUGUGUGCUCAUCAGGAAAAUCCCUCCCAGAAGCCUGCGAAUCUGCUUGAGAUCAUCUGGGGACUGUGGGUUGGGGUGACAGUGUAUUUACAUUAUGAUACUAGGACUCCGACUGGUCAAAUUUUAGUACCAAGAAAAUAGGGAUGGGUCUCAUAUAGAAGACAAGCCUUCUAAUUUCAUUCACUGAAUAGCUGUGAAAUGAGGGUUAAGGGUCUCAAAAUACCUGUAACAUUUUUCUCUGGCCCUAACAUGUCUACCUAAAAACACCUUAAAUUGCUACUAGCUGAGAGAGGGUUCAGAGGGUGCUAAAUACAAGGACUGGGACCUCAUGCUUUAUGGGCUCAAGAGCUCCACUCUCUGCAGGCAGCGUGUGGAAUAUUAGGGUCUUACAAGACGGGCUCCAACAACUCUCUGCCCCUCCACCAAGCAGGCAGAGGGCUGCACCAAAGUGUGGGCAACUCCCCACAGCAGGUGCCUUCCAGAGACCUAGUUCAAGUUUUCUUGACCAAAAAAGCACCAAACUAAUUAUUAGGCUGGUUUCUCUACUUCUGUGCGCACCAGUUAGAAUAAAGAAUCAUAACUAAUACAAA